CUUCGUCCUAUUUAUACCCCUUUUUGGAUAACGUUUUUCGACUCCCAUUUUUCCUUCUUUCUCUCUUUUGUCAAAACAUUUUUCUCACUGAAACCCAGAAAAUCAAACCUUUUUCUGCAAUUCUAACCAAUUCUUUAAUUGUUUCAAUUCAAAAUCAUCUAAUGAAAUCCAACCAGAUUCUACAGAAAACCUCAAGUUUUUCUUUAUGAAACACAUUCGGCUGUUACGCCGUGUUCGUCUUGCUCAAUCAUUCUCUGUUGUUUUUCUUUACUGGUUUUACGUUUUCUCGUGAAUUUACUAAACCCUAAUUUCUAACCUUUUGUCAAUUUAUACCAAGUAUUUAAAAAUGUCGCAAUCAAAUGAUACAUACGAUGUCAAAAACGUCGUCGUCCGACCAACAAAAAGCUCAGGAACAUCUGAAGGAAGUAGCGAUUUCGUAAUGGAUGAGAAAAAACGUCGGAGAAUGGAAUCGAAUCGUGAAUCGGCAAGAAGAUCGAGGCAAAGGAAGCAACAACACCUUGACGAAUUGUUGAAACAGGUGAGUGCAUUAACGAGAGAAAACGAAGAUAUUGGGAAGAAAAUCGAUGAAGUUUCUGGAAUUCUUUCGAAAUUUGAAGCACAAAAUAAGGUGUUGAAUUCGGCUAAAGAUGGUUUAGCUGCUAAAUUGGAUUCUCUUGAAUCGUUGAUUGAGGUUGGUAAGAUUGUUGGAGGAUCAUCUAGUGGGGGUAAUUAUGAUGAUGUUAAUUCUGAUCCAAUGAUGAAGCCAUGGCAAUUACCUUGCCCCCCUUCUAUGCCUAUCUAUGCUUCAACAAGCCUUGACAGAUUCAAAUUCUGAUGAAGCUCUUGUAUUUAGGAUUAGUUUUAGGGUUUAAUUAUGUUAUAAUCUAUGCAGGGUGCUGUUUUGUGCCGUUUUAUGUUUGUUAUCUUUAAUGUAUGUAUUGAAGUAAAAUGCUAAUUGAAAGCUUUAUGAGACGUUUAUUUUUUCCUUUGGAAAAUUCAAAAUUAAUAAAUUUAUUUUCUUUCCCAA